AUGUCCAUUCAAAUAACCCCAUUCCAACUCGGCUCUUCUUUAUUGAGUUUAUCGCUAGUUGGUUUAUCGCAAGGUGCUAACUUAGGUGGAUUAGAUGGAAGUGCUCAAAACAAUGCCAACACUCAAGACUCGACAGCUGCAACAAAAACAAGCACUAAACAAGCUCAACAAUCGCAACAAACUCAGCAGAUCCAGCAGACCCAGCAGACCCAACAAUCGCAACAAUCACAACAAGCUCAGCAAUCACAACAAACUCAGCAAUCACAACAAACUCAGCAAUCGCAACAAAGUGCUGCCCAGAAUGGCGUAACUCCAGUAACUGAGAACGAAUCUACUACAAUUUGGUGGACUCCAUCUGCGACAACUCAAACAUCCACCAUUGCAACCACAGAUACUCAAAUGUCAGACAAAUCCCAGUCCACUGAUACUACCGAGGUAUCAGGCUCCAAUUCAGCUACAUAUAACCAAUGGGGGUUCACUGGAAGCCAGUCCAUUUGGAGCGAUACUACAUUAUCUUCAUCAAAUUCUGAAAGUUUAGACUCUGCCUCCUCAUCUGAUUCGAGCUCCACUACCCGCAGUAUAAACAGUACUUCAGAUGGAAUGAGACUGCAAGUAUUCCACCAGAAGGAUCUUUGUUGGAAAAAAUUGGUAUUGAUUACUGGUGUUUUGGGAAUCAGUGUAGUGUUCAAUGCAUUAUAG